AUGCCAGAGCCACCACUGGUAGAAGGUCAAGGAACCUUCUUGGAAUCAGAUGAUGUCUUCCUCAUGGGCCGAGACAUUCUGGUUGGGCGCUCCGGAAACGGCAGUAACGAAAAAGGAGCUAAAUGGCUACAGCGUUACCUCGGAGACGAAUACCGAGUCCAUGAAGUCCCCCUCUCUCCAAACUUCUUGCACCUUGACUGCGUCAUGUGCGCGCCCAGACCAGGACUCGCCAUGGUUUGCCGUGAAGCUUUCGUCAACGGCCUGCCAGACAUUAUCAAGGACUGGGACAUUAUCGAUGUGUCGCCCGAGGAUGCCGAAAAACACCAAGGAACUGCGCAAGCACGGACAGGAAGUGAUUGA